UAAAAUUCCAUUCCUUCUACCUCACUCACUGCUAGCUUAGCAACACUAGCUCCCCUAUCUCUUCCUCUCUUUCUGUCUCUCUCUUAAUUACCUCUCACCACAUUCACAGUCCCUUGAGCAUGUUUGUUUCUUGGUUGUCAAAGACUCAGUGUUCCUUUGCUUCUUAGCUUAAUCUCUCUCUCACCACCCUCUCCUCCUUCCCUUUAAAGCUUCUUCUCCUUGAGUUUUUAAUAGCUCAAGUUUGCCUUUGAGUUAGCUUUCCAGAUUCUUUUCCAAGGAAAGACUAAAAGGGGAAAAAAAAAAAAGCAAAAGAGAAUUAGGUAACUGAACAAAACAAAGGAUUAUAUUGCACACUCCCUUCAGAUUGUGAAUAUUGCACCUUUAAUUGCUUUGUCUCUCCUCAGUAGUUUAAGAAUCUGAUCAUUUUAAUAAAAGGAAAGGAAGCUAUUUCAUAUAUAUAUUUUGUGACCAUCAAGCUAUCCCAUAAAGAAGAUGACAUUGGAGGGGAUUUUCAUUGAGCCCUCUUCAACCACUGCUCCUGAUCUCUCUCUUCACAUUAGCCCCCCAAGCAUCUCCUCUUCCUUGAUUUGCAAUAACAACAACAGCAUCACCCUUUCAUCUGUUGAACCUCAAGGUAAUUUUAAUUUCCCUUCUAGGACUGUGUCUCAAGCCCACACAGAACUCUCUCUGGGAAGGAAUUUCACUUCUGGAGGAGCAGAGGAAACACCACACAAUCCUUAUUAUCAAAGCCAAAUCCAUUUCCAUCACCACCUUCACCACAACAACACUACUAGUAACAUUAGUACUACAACAACAACCAGUAGUAGUAGUACUACAACUCCCUUGAAUCACAUAAACUAUGGAGUUUCAUUGCUUGAUGUGUCAUCAUCAGAAGGGUUGAGGCCAAUCAAGGGGAUUCCGGUGUAUCAUAACCGUUCAUUCCCUUUUGUGGCCAUGGACCAUCAUGCUAGAGACAAGGAUCACCAUCACAAGAUGUGCUUAUAUCAUCACAUGCCUUCUUAUCCCUCUCUCUCCUCUUCCUGUUCCCCUCCUUCUUCUUCACCUUCACCUUAUGUUGCAGCGAGUAUGGAUCCCAUGUCCCUCUUGAACAAUAGGGCAGCUACCACCACCACCACAAGGUUUAAUGGGUUUUCUUCUGAUGCUUUCAAAUCCCAUCCAUUGCACCAAUAUGGGGUUGGCACUUCUGAAGCCUCUUCUGGGUUAAUGAGAUCAAGGUUUUUGCCUAAGCUUCCCAACAAGAGGAGCAUGAGAGCACCGAGAAUGAGAUGGACAAGCACCCUCCAUGCUCGAUUUGUUCAUGCGGUUGAGCUUCUCGGUGGCCAUGAAAGAGCUACUCCAAAAUCAGUUCUUGAGCUCAUGGAUGUGAAGGAUCUAACAUUAGCUCAUGUCAAGAGUCAUUUGCAGAUGUAUCGAACUGUUAAGACCACUGACAAGCCUGCAGCUUCUUCAGGCCAUUCAGAUGGGUCAGGAGAGGAUGACUUGUCUCCGGUGGGGAGCACUGUUGACCGCGGUGGUCUCCGGCAAUUCCCCGAACUCAGAGGGCGGCCGGAGCGGCCACCACAACAAGACAUGGACUACUCGUCAACCACAACUCUAUGGAGCAAUUCUUCAAGUUGUAGAGAGCCAUGGCUACGAACUAAUUCUAACGACAUAGAUGGUCUCAGAUCACCUGUCAUUCAGUCACAAACAAUAACAGGAGGGCAUCAAAUUCAGGAGUGUGAUUCAACCCAAUUCAAGAACAUGUCAGGUUCUAAUUUGGAGUGCAAGAACCCAAGUUUGGAGUUCACGUUAGGAAGACCAGAUUGGAAUGGCAAAGAACAAGCCUAAUUUUGAUUGAUUCCCUCAUUGUCUUUUUUAUUUUGCACUUUAUUUAUAAUUCAUGGUGACAACUUCAUCAUCAUUUAUGAAAUGAAGAGGUGGUGUAUUUAUAUAAAUUGGUGUCUUGGAGAAAAAAAAAAGACCCUACAUAGUUCU